GGGUAGAGGGGCGGCACAGUACAGCAAUGAGAGAGCGUGGCUAAGCUGGCGAUCGCCCUAACGCAGGCGACGUAAGGAAAGGUGGAACGGAGCGGAGAGGGGAGAGGGAGGGGGAUGAUCGAUGAUGGCUAGAGGUGGCUUAGAGGAGGAGGAGGUAGAGGUAGUGGUGGUGGUGGUGGUGGUGGAGUCCGGCGGCGUGCGUGUGGUGCCCUCAGUCAGUGCUCAGCCCACACUGCUGCUGCCGCUCCUGCUGUUACUGCUUCGCUCCGUCGAACUUCUCUCCUCGUGCUACUGGUAAAAAAGAACGAGAGAGGGAGAGGGGGCAGAAAAGUGACAACAAAACCGAGUGAUAGAAAACGAAGUGACUGUUUAAUAUACGACUUUUGUGGCUGCGCUUGAAAAGAUUAUAAUUGCGAGUCAGUGUUAGUGAGUCCGCGGCGUGGUGAUAACGUGUGGUGCUGCGGUGUUAAGGUGGUGUGGUGGUGUGGUGCGUGUGUGUGCAUGUGUGUUGUAGUGAUCAUCCCUUCCCGUGGACACCCGCCGCCACGGUCACGAAGGAUGCCCGUGUGAAGGGGGAGGAGCAUGGCGCAGGAGCUGGGGGCGGAGGGGGACGCCUCAGGAGAAGACUCUGACUGGCCCCGCAGCGGCGCCAGCCUGUGAUCCUCGCCAUGGCCACCUUCGAGAACUUCCCCACGCCCAACGACACGUACGAGGUGCUGCUGCCCCUCGCCUGCACGCCGCCGCCCCAGCCUGCCCAUGAAAGCCCCUGCGCCCCCGCCUCGCCCACCAUGGGGUGCCCGGCGUCCCUGCCCGUGCCCGCCUCGCCGCCCCGCUCGGUGAAUUCCCGCCCCAGCUACUCCGACUACUUGGCGUCCUUCCGCGCCGCGUCCCGAUGCGCCGACGCCCCCAUCAUUCUGGAACCACCCUCCGUCAGGCCCACCUCCGCAUCCCCCGACUACUCCUGUCUUCCAAAGGACAAAAUUCACUUUAUCCUGUCCCUGAAGGAGGCCCUGAAGCGGCACGGCACCGUUCCCGACUCGUUCAACAAACUGGGCUUCUUCGAAGAGGUGCACAAGCUGCUGGCGGACGAGGUGUGGCAGAUCCGCAACGAGGCCACGCUGCUCAUCCUGGACCUGCUGCCCUACCUCGGCCCCGACCUGGACGCCUGCAUGGCCAUCGUGCUGCCCCACCUCGUGCCCAACCUGGGGGACUCACGCCAACUGCUGCGCCGCUCCUCCCUGCGCCUGCUGAAGGCCUACGCCGCCAUCAGCAGGGACCCUGAGGGCCUAGUGGACGACAUCAUUACUUACGGCGUGAGUCACCGCAGCCGGCGGAUGGUUGCCCAGGUGAUGGUGAGCCUGGAGCACCUGCUGCGGGAGGAGAUACUGCGCGGCGUGGACUUGGCGCCCCUCGCCCGCGCCCUGCUGGCCAAGCUGCACGACGCCGAGCUGCAGCCCGCCGCCCUGCUGCCUCUGCUGGCCCUGCGCGGCUUGGUGGGCGACACCACCUUCACCACCUACCUGAGUCACCUGAGUGCUGACUCCCGCGAGAAGCUGGACCGCCUGGUGGUGGAGGGGGAGCCGCCCCCCGACGACGACAUGGACGUGGUGGUGGUUAGCCGUUCUUUCCCCAGGCGCUCCACUCCCCGCCCCGUGGCGCUCCCCGACAAGGAAUACGGGGUGGUGGACGCCGCCACCAUGAACAAGAUACGACACUCGGAGGACUGGAAGACGCGUGCCGAUGGGUGCGAGGAGCUGCGCGGCGUGGUGAAGGGCUUAGAGGACCCCGCCCCCCUGCUGCCUCACCUGCCUCACUUCCUGCAGCUCCUCGACUCCCUCUUCGACGACAACAACUUCCGUAUCUCCCUCACCGUGCUGGACAUCUUCAGGCUGCUCCUCGAUCUGCUGGACAAAGCCACGCUGCUCGACCACCUCCGCCAGUUGGUGCAUGCCGUCAGGAAGCACGUGGGGGACUCCAAGGUGGUGGUGCGGAUAGAGAACAUGCGUGUCUUCCGGCGGCUGCUGCAGGCCGCCUCCCCCGCUGCAGUAGUGCCCAUACUCUGCGACGCCCUCAGCUCCCACCGCUCCUCACGCGUCAGAGAGGACUCACUCAACCUCAUCAUCUACGCCCUCAUGACCUUCCCCAGCUAUGAGUUUGACCUGAGGCGGCUGGCGGAGCGGGUGAGCGUCAGUAUUGCGGACCCCAAGCGGCGGGUGCGGCACGCGGCGUUGGAGUGUCUGGCGGCCAUAGCGCAGUUCCUCGGCCCCGCCAAGCUCGGCCCCCUCAUGGCGGCCGUGGACAGGGUGGAGGAGGAGGAGGAGGCCCCCGGCGCCCUGGAGGCCGUGCAGGCUCGGCUGGCACGGCGACAGCUGCCCAAGGUGUCCCCUGACGGCCUAAUAGAGUUCUCCCUGGUGGUGCCCGCGCCCGGCAGACACUCCAGCCUCGCGCGGGUCAAGGGCGCUGACGUGGACUGGGUGAUGGCGGGGGCGGGAGGAGGGGCGUCGGGGUCUCAGGGUGUGGGGUGGCCCUCCUCCCUCUCCGCCUCCUUCACCGCCUCAGACUCUUACGUCAACACGCUCGCCUUCACCCACCCGCAGUCCUCGCCCACCCAGCGGCCCAGACACGUGCGGCUCGAGGAAUCGCUCCACAGAAAACGGUCCAUAUCAGACGUGACACUCGACAAGACGGAGGAUCGAGGCCUUGCUCUCUGGACCACUGACACCAUUGAUCUCAACAGAACGGCGCCCUCUGACCUCGCUCCCGUGGCCGCAGCAGGAGGCUACCGCGGCGUGUACCUCGGCAGGCUGCGUCAAGAAACCGCCGUGCCGUCCUCCUCCUCCACUCCCUAUUCCCGAGGCAGCAAUGUGGUUGAGAAAGGCUACUCGCUGCUGCCCAACAAGUACGGCGCGGGAGGAGGGGGCGGUGCCGUGGGUUUGGGCAGCGCGAGGGGUGGGGAAAGGCCCGCCAGCCGCUCCCCAUCCAUGCCUCGCAGGAUCAACGCCCUCGCGCCACUCGACCAAGCAGGAGAAGGGUUGAUGGUAAGCCGUGCACCUUCCACGCGCAGCAUCAUUCCACCACUCUCCGCCGUGUCGCGCCGCUCCCACGUCCACGACUUGCGCCACCACCCCAACCACCCUGACGACUUCGACGAGGAGGACGACGAUGUCAAGUCAGACUUCUACGAUGACGACGAAGGGGAGGAUGCGGCGAGUGAGGAGGAGGUGGAGGAGGAGGAGCAUGUGGAGAGAGAUAACAUGUUAUUGGAAAGUCAAAUCUCGCGCCCCAAGAGUUCUGCCACCACGCGGGACAGCGGCAUCUCCGUUUUCUCUUCUAGCAAUGACGGCGAGACGCACACAGAAAACGGAAAGGGAGUAGCCGCAUACGGAAAGGAGAGGAGCAGGAGUAGAUACAGCAAGGAAACCGCCUCGCCCUCGCCUCACCCUUCCUCCCCCGCCUACAGUCUCUCCUCCGGCGAUGAGCACGGGAGGUCGUCUUUUGAUGGCGCGCAGGUUGGCAGGAGGAGGAAAGGAGCAGAUGCCACCUCGCCCUCCCGCCACUCCCUACCCAAUGACGCCCUUCUGUCCAGCGGCCUUGGCGUGGUCGGCAAGGGUGUUGGUGGUGGUGGUGGCCGCUCCCGCACUACUCAACCCAAUGAUAAGGAUUUCCGAAACUUUGAUUACGAGAGUGACUUUGAGACGGAUGAGGAGCAGGACAUCAAGCUGGCCAACACCACCCUCACCAAGAUGAAGCUACUCAGGAAAAAGCAGGAGAACAUGAGGGAAAUUGACCGUCGCCGCCAGGACCGGGAGACGCGGCGUGCUCAGGAGGAGAGAGUCAAGAAGUACCGGCAGCUGGAAAUGCAGCACAGCCAGAACUCCUUGCAACCUUCCAGUGCUGACAGCGGGGACUCCAAGCUGGCCGUCCAUCCCAACCUGAGUUACCGGGGUCGAGAUGCUAGUGCUCGCCGCACCUACCGCCGCAGCCCCCGCCACAGCCCCACGCCAAGCCCCACACCCCUUGCCAGGAUACCCAAGAGCAAGAGCCACAAUGCAAACCUCAGCAAGAGUCUUGGGAAGGCUAGUGAGAAGCGACAUCGCUCGCUGGAAAGGAAUAUCAACACUCAGGUCAAUGGUGUCCAUCCUCGGGAAACCUUCAGCAGAACACCACAGCUGGUGAAGCGAGGGCACCCCCCUGUAAGUUUUGGUGGUGGUGGUGGUGGUGGUGGACAGUUAAGCAACAGUCUGGGCAACAACAGGCGAUAUGCCAAGCGGCCACCAGACAGGACCCCAGACUAUCCUACCACCCCAAUGGAGACAGCAGGGUUGAGGAUAGCAAAGCCAGCCUCCUCAUGCUUCAAGCAGAAUCUUGAACCUUUUGCUAGCCCACCCGAUGCCCUCAGGAUCGCCAAUGAGCGCCUCAACUCCAAUGACUGGGAGGGUCAGGUAGAGGGGAUUGAGAUGCUGGUGCGGUUGGUUCACCACCACCCAAACACUGUGCUGGGCAACCUCCGCAACAUCAACAUGUCCCUCAUGAAGCAAGCCAAGAACCUCCGUUCCCAGGUGUCCCGCGCUGCCAUCCAGGCCUUCACCUGCUUCUUUGAUACUCUAAGACGUAACAUGGAGGGUGAUGCAGAAAAAAUAGCAGCCAUCCUGCUGAACCGGACAGUUGACACCAACAAGUUCCUUCAGCUGGACAGUAACCAUGCCCUGGAUGCCAUGCUGGAGAACAUAACUCCCUCCAGGGCCAUUCCUGCCAUCCUUCAAGAGGGGCUUGGUCACAGGAAUCCUGCUGUGAGGACCAACGUGGCGCGGCUGCUGGCCUAUGAGGUGGAGAGACUCGGGCCCAGCCGGGUGUUGUCUGGCCAGAAGGACAUCACAGACCGAGUGCUGCCGGCUGCCGCCAAGCUGGCCCAGGAGGGUAGUCUGGAAACAAGACAAUAUGCCAAGCAGAUAUUCCAUCCUUUGAUUCAGCAAGGUCAGUUUGAUGCCAUCCUCAAGAAAUACGUGCCAGCCAAUGACAUCAGGAAUCUACAGAAGCUCCUUGAUAACUUGUCCAAUGAGGGCCGCACUGUCCACGACUCAGCGCGCACCAAGUUUGCCACUGGCUCCCGCUACACCAGAACAAUGUGAGGCCACCAGACCAAUCCCUUCACAUAUCAUGUGGUGUCCAUGAUGCAUUUUGUAUCUUUAAACCCAACCACAAUUUUCUGCAUCUCAUUUAUUUUUUGAAAUCUCAAAUGUAAUCAUGUUUUGUACAGAAGAAAUGAAGAGGGAGAAGCUGAUGUGGUAUAAACAUUUUCACAGCUUGUCGUGGUGGUGGGAUGGGAUAUGUAAGGUGUCUGGAAGGUGAGGUGCUCAACAUGUACAGUUGAACAUUCUUUAUGUGGAAUUCAGAAACCCUUUAAUCUCUGAAGUCAGCCUUGUUUUUGAAUGCUGACAAAAGCUAGAAUUUAUUCACAUUUCUUCUAAUAUAACACAAAUUCAGUAUAGUAAUAUUUUUUUUGGAGAUACUACUUUGAUUGUCCUUUUCUUUUGUUAAGAGAAUUGUUUUACUUAGAUGUCCUUUUCUUUUUUUAAGAGGGAUAUUUAUUUUGCCAGAUUUCGUGUUCUUUUAAGAAUGUUAUCAUUAUCAGUUUUUUAGGUGUAAUGUUUUAGUUAAAUAUCCCUUUUAUUUAUUUAUUUUAUUUAUUUGUUUUAGGAGAAUUUAUUUUGAUUGCAUAAACAUCCUUUAAUUUUUUGAUGGGGGAACAUUUUCAAAAGCAUCCCUUUUCAUGAGUAGAAGGUUCUCUUCUUUUGUUGAGCACCAAUACUGAAGGGCACAUGUUGUCUUGGUGAACCCAGUGUGUCUGUGGUAGUGUGGGUCACCUUUGCCUUACAGAGGGCCACCACCCUCAGCAGGUCACACAUCCCUUCGCUCUGAGCAUUCCCUGGGGUGCAUUGGGGCCCUCUCAGUUAUUCCUGUUCCUGCCAGUAGAUCCAGUCAUUAUAUGCAGAGUUGUUGUAACUUAUUUAUAUGUAGAUGUAGAUUUGUUAUUUUUAAUUUGAAAGCUAUUUAUUUACUUUGAUGCAGCAUUGAAUAACAAAUUGUGUUUCAAUUGGUACUUAUUAAUGAAAGAAAUUAUUCACUCAAGUAUUAUUUUCAGUUAGAGUAAUUUAUAAAAGUUUAUGAUGCGAGAAGUAAUUAGCAUUUUCGCUCUUCUUCUAUCUUCAGUUUUUUCUCACUUUCAUGUGGAGUUACUAAAGUUCAUUAAUCUCUUCCACCCAUUUCUAUUAAAGACAUCAUUCUCUUGUAAGCACUUCAUCCAUAAAUCUUCAUUUGGUUGAUUCAUGAUAAUGGCUGGCCUAGAAAGUAAGUGAUUCAUAGAGGGACAUAAAGGCUUAUUUCUCCUAUUGAUUAAGAAACCUACUGAAUCUGUGAUGCAUAAAUCUAAGUGGACAUGAAGAGCACUGCAGGGCUGGGGCAGGGUGGUGUAGGCUGGGUGUGCUCCUCAUGGUUCAGGUUUCUGUUGUCUGGCAGCCAGGAAGAGCAGCUCAAUUAAGAUUUUGUGGGAACAUUCUCUGCCGUCCAAAGCUUAUGAGACUCACACUUGUCUGUCCAUUAUCAUUCAGGUUUUCUUUCUUGUAGAUAAAAUUGUUUUCUCUUUACUUGUAAAUAGAGCAGAUAUGACUUUAAUGUUAGAUUGGGACUUUGGAGCCUUUCUCAAAGAUUGCAUUGGUCUCACUACUGAAUGGGAAAACUGACUGUUUGGUCCAGAGAAGGUCCUGCAUUUUAUGUAAAUAGGUAUGAUACCAGAUAUUAUAUCAGAAAUUUAAUGCAGAGACCUGUUUCAUUUAAUUUUAGUAAAUGGCAUGCUGGUGCUAUAUAUAUUUGUAUAUGCUGUUAUACAUUUCAUAUAUUUAUCUAGUCUACGUAUUUGUGCCUCAGGUUUGCACAAAUGGCUAAGUGUCACCAUUCUCUAUCACAAGUCAUCCUCUCAUGAUGACAUGCAUACAUUUGGCUCGGUUUUGUCAAGUCUUCCUGUGGAUCAGCAAGAUCUUGUUUUUCUCGUUCUUUUUAGUGAAGCAAUCUCUUACAUUCCUGUUUGUCAACCAGGAACUCUUAAGAGGCACACAUAAUAUGUUUUUUUUUUUUCAAUUCAAUAAGCAGAAACCCUUUAAAUGAACAAUGCCACUCCUUACUAAAUUAUUUGUACUUACCAUGGCUGUCUUGAGAGGAGCAAAGCAUCUCAGUGUGCAGUGCUACACUUUGAAGAGUUAUGGAAAUCAAAAUGUAGUUCUAGCACACUUGUGCCAUUGGCAGAGGCAGAGCUGGGUGGUGAACAUGCAGACACACAUUCAUCUUUCUCUACAUGGGGCUAAUACUCCCAGCAAGGAGAGAUGGCUGAGGCAAAGCAAGGCAUCCCACAGGCACUCACUCACUCCCAUAAUCACAUCACAUGCAUUCCCUUAAAAUAAUACCACAUCCUGACCUCAUCAUACAUAUAUACAUACUUAUACUGAAAUACCUGGAAAGAAUCACAACUGGAUUGUAAUGGGAGAUAUAAAGUUGCAAUAAAUAUAAGGUAAAAUUCUUGGGUGUCAGCAGGUAAAUUAGGUUGUGACAUGAACUCCUGCUGAUAAUGGCAGUCAAAAGAAGGAAACUGUUGGUCUCUUCAUUACAUGACAAAUGCUUCAGCAUGAGAUAAGCUUUUGUCUGCCAAUAACAGUAUGAUACUUGUUACCUACUUCAGUUAAAAUUAAAGGUUUGUCAUGACAUUUCUUCAUUUGGUGUCAGUGGUGUCUUUCAAAAUUAUACUUCAAUCUUGCACUGCAAUAUUUCAUUAAGCUUGAGGAGAAGCCAGAGCAGUCAAAGGGUCGAGAGUUGUGGCUUCUGUUGGGAUUCACAAACUACUUUUGUUUAUUUAUUUAAUUAAUUAAUUAAUUAAUUAAUUUGUUUUUUACUGAUUUUAAUUUUCAUUUAUCAGAUAUCAAAUCAUAAUCUUGUAGAGACUCAGCAUUGUGCUAAUUUCAUUCCCUUUCAUUCCAACACCCAACAUUUUUUUGCUGUAGGGAAUGAAAACCCAAGUCACCCAUACUACAUGCAGAGAUGCCAGUGCCUCAUAAUCACUCAUUCCAUUGGUAUGCUUGACAGCCCCAUUAGGUCAUGAAGAGUCUCCACUUGCAUCAGCAGAAACAUUUACAAUUCAUGCUUAGGUUCUCAUGCAGUAGACAGGUAGUAAUGACAUCAAGGUAAAUUAUUACUUCCUCGCCAAAGACUUUGCUAUUUCACAGAGCAGGUUUUUAAUUUUGCCUGUAGUCAGUAGGUAUACAAUAGAAUUUAUGGUUGUAAAUAUUGUAAUAUCUUCUGUUUCAUAGAUAUCUGUAGGCAUAAACAGUGAUACAGGUACAAUCAUGGUCAGAUACAGAGUAACCAUCUCCACUCACUUCCACUGUGUGUAGCCUUUCCCUGUAGUGUUACAUCCUCUUAUUUGCCUGGGAUCUGUCACACCUCAAGUUUUGUCAGAUCAUUAGCAGAUCAGGGGAACCAAAAAUUAGGAGGAAAACUUUAAACACAACAGAAAUCAAUGCAGAAUGUUACUCUUCCAUUGACUGUGACUGUACUGCUAUACUUUGUCUGACCCCGUCCAAGUUCUCCGUCCGAGAUGCUGGAAGUCAUCUGUUUAGGACUGUAAAAGUUGAAUGUAAAAAAAAGAAAAAUAAAGCGUCAUUGUGUG